UUGCUGCUCAGCCAGUUGUCAACUUUUUUGUCAAUGUAAAAAUGGAGGAAGGUAUAUCUGUUAAAAAUGAAGGAAAGAGUAUUGAUAUUAAACAAGAAAACGAAGAAAAUGUAGAUAACUUUAAAUGUGACUUUGAAUCUGGAAGUCAAGAUAGCAGCAAAAGUGGAAGCGGAGGAUAUCAACGAUGGGCGCCUAAUUUAAAUGGAGUUAGAAAGAGUGCAUUUACACCUUACAAGUCUGUUCAGUGCACGGCUUUGACUAACUUACAGAGAGGUAAUACGCAGGCGCGAGUCCCCGAAUUGCCCCAGCCCGAUUGUAGCUUUCACGCGAAGGCUGGUCGCGGAGAAGUUACCCGUGAGGACGUGAAACUGGAGCAGUAUGUUGAUAUCACGGACGAGCACGGUCUCACGGCGCUGCACUGGGCAGCAAGUUAUGGACAGUUAAAUAGCUGCCAGGACCUAGUUUGGAGUGGUGCCAAUGUUAAUGUUAGAGGUCCUGAAGGUGAGACUGCUCUCCAUCUUGCGGCUGCAGGGGGGCACCAUGAGGUUGUGAAAUUUCUCUUAAAUGAAGGAGCAGAUGCUGAUAUUCAAGAUGAUUCCGGUAGUACAGCAUUAAUGUAUGCAGCAGCCGCAGAUUUUCCCUACACUUGUAAUGAGCUCCUCAUCAGAGGCGCUGAUUUAACACUCACAAAUGACUAUGAUCAAGAUGCCUAUACUCUGACCACAACCAACAACUGCAAACUGGCUCAAACUGUGAUAGAAAAUUUUUUGAUUGGCUGCCUCAGCAAGAUGUGAAAUAUUUAACCCAUUCAUGUUCAGUUGCCUUGGACAACCAACACAAUGGAUUCAUUUGCUUACAGCAGUUAAAAUGAAAAUACAGGGAUUUAGUUUAUAAUAUAAAAUGUAUUUAAUAUAUAUUUUAAGUUCAACUUAUACAAAACAUGUGAUGUUAUGUGACUCAAUAGACAGACAAUAUAUGAAUUAAACCUUCA